AUGGGUCCUACUACUACCAAUCCAACUGCUACAAUUACCAACAACUCGGGAUAUGGUGUGGACAUUUACGAUGUGUUCAACCCCAGUAGCGACCCCAGCACGCCGGUGCCUUUGACGUACACGCUACUGGCCACUGUACCAAACGGCGCCGUUGCCCAGCCGGUGCAAACCAUUCAUUUUGCCAGCCAAGUGCAGGCCAUGUUAAGCGGCACCAUCAAAGAACUCAACGGCAACUACUACCAGCAGUUCCCUGUGGCCGUGCUGGCGGUUUCCCCCUUCGCAGACUCGAAUGCCAUCACUAUCACUAGUGACAUGCUGCAAAGCAUGGUGGACUCCUUCAAGUUCAUCAAGUACGUGCAGGCCAACCCCUCCUCGCAGCUUUCCACCAAAUUCAACACAGCCCUGGCCGACAAAAGCCAGGAAGAUGCGGUCGAUCAGCUUUUCAAGGGCACUGGCAGCUUUCAGUUGUGCACCCUGAUCACCUGGACAGCGGUUUUCACCUGGCAAGCCCAAUUCACAAGUGCCUGGCAGGGUACCUACUACCUUUAUAGCGGGGGGGACAACAGCGCAGGCAGCACUUCAGACUCAUCAGCACCAGCUCUACAAGGAACGCUGGCCAUUACGGCUAGCGCAGAUGCCAGCUCGGCGGUGCUGACAAUGGCCGGCACAGGCAACGUGAACACACCAGUUGUGAUGGCAGGAAAUGGCACAAUGCAGGAAGAAAACCAAGGAAAUGGCAACCUAUCUGUGGCGUUGACCCCGGCCUGGCUAAACUUAACCUCAACGAACGACACGUCAAGCUAUGCCAUUGCAGCAUCCUUCGUCGGCAAGAUCAACGACAUUGAAGUGGCCGGCAGCACCAACCAGCUGAGCAUCCCAAGCUCCUCGGAUGACUCGAAUUCCUCUCAGACUUGGCCACUUAUCAAGCAUAUUAUCGAUUCCGUUGAGAGCCUGACCACAUCGUUGGUAAACAUUGGCUUGUUGUAUUACAUGGUCAAAGACUUCAAGCAGGACGCGAUGCAAAAGAAGAACGACGCGCAACAAGGUGCCACCAGCAAGUCAGACGCGAAAGACAGAGAAAGCAAGGCCGAAGCGGAUUCUAGGGCAAGUGAGGUUUCGCAGGUGAACAAAAAGUCGGAAUCGAACAAGGCCACUAUACAACUCGCGCAACAACAGUCCAGGGAUGUCGCUCAGUCUCGAGCCAUCCAGAUCGACUUUAAUGCUAUUAAAGGGCAGGAGCAGAAGCUAGCAGAAGCUCUGGAAACCGGACCUUCGUCAGACGCUGUGGUGGAAGUGGCUGAAGAUCUUGAAGCCGCUGGUAAUAACCUUGGAAAAGCAGUCAGCGAGAACGCGACUGAGGAGGCUCGCAACGAGGCUUUAACUGAUGCCUCUGCCAGUCUCAAAAAUACAAGCGCCAAAAUUGAUCAAGAGCUGAAAGGCGAGGGAAGCCAGCUCUCACAGGAACAGGAAGGCGCACUGAAAAGCAGCGAGGUGGCGCUGGAUAAGGCGGAUGCGCAGUCCAAUGCUGUAGAGAAGCUCCAAAAGGAGGAAGAGGAUCGUGCCAAAGAUGAUGUGAAGAACAAGGUAGAGGAAAGUCCGUUUGACGACUCUGAUACCAAGGCAAAAGGCACCGGUGAGGGAGGCGAAUCUCACGAUAUAAAGAUCUAG